AUGCUGUCCAGCGCCCUCUGCCAAUCUCGCGUUGUCAUCCGUCCUGCCCUUUCACUUCUCCGAGGAUCACAGGCUCUAAGAUUGAGUGCCGUGUCAGCAGCUCCUUCUGUCCUCAGCUCCAAGUUCCACACCUCGAUAGUUCGACGGGAUAUCGAUCAGGCUGCCAAGUACAUUGGCGCUGGCGCAGCCACUGUCGGUGCAGCUGGCUCAGGUGCUGGAAUCGGUUCGGUGUUUGGAAACUUAGUCAUUGGAUAUGCACGUAAUCCCAGUUUGAAGCAACAGCUGUUCUCUUACGCCAUCCUCGGGUUCGCCUUGAGUGAAGCUAUGGGCCUGUUCUGUCUGAUGAUGGCCUUCCUGAUCCUAUACGCAUUCUAA